AUGAGUGGUGAGAGUCUUAUCAACCUCAAUCCAAACGCACAUGUUGAGCGCCGGCUCGACUACAACGAGAAUGACACGCGCCGCAUCAAUCGCCUCAUCCUGCUCUCCAUGAAGCUGCAAGGAGAGGAUUUGCCGGCCGAGGACCGAGCCACCACAGUUGCGGAAAUGACCGAAGUGCUAGAGGUGCUGCACCACAACUUGAGCAAAGCUGAUGCCAUGGCGGGCAUGUAUGAUGAGGAAGCCGAGUCCUUUCAGCAGUUGCGGCAAUCUCUCGAGGCGCGCAUUAAGCAAGUGGCUGCCGACACUGAACAAGCACGCGUGGAUCUAGCCGGAGCACAACAACUCUUGCGCUACAAACAGGGUCUGUCAGAACAUGCCUUGCCACAAAAACGUUCCAGCGCCCCUGCUCACCGAGUUGCGGCGGCCUUUGCAGAGUAUGAUCUGCGCGCGCGCGCCGUGGAUGAGCUGCCCUCCCGCGCCAGCACCGAAGAACAAAUACAGCGCGUCGAGGCCGAACUGGUCAACCUGUCAACAAUCAAGAGCAAGUAUGAAACCAAACUGGCUGAACGCCAGCGGCAGUUUGCCCUCCUUCUGCGCACCGUUCAAGACCUCAAGACUGGUCUUCAAGACGAUGAUCCCGUGGAACCUAGCCCUCCGAGUGGUCCCACCGUGUUUGAGGAGACAACCAACGAUGACGUGGGCACCAACGUCGACAUGGGCUGAGCCCGUUGUUGGUCGUGUUGUAGCAAGGCGGAUGAACCGAAACCCCCUCCCACCCUCAAAAAUAUUCAAGCUGCUGGCAUCUUAUGUUAGGCGCCGCUAGCACAAUCCAAUUGUCACGAGG